CUUGCAAAAAGCAAAUGUAAAGGAUAACAUAAUUUUGAGAACUUCACUACCCACAAUCCAGUGUAGUGGGCAACGGCGGUGUGCGUCAGGUCCAACAGAUCAGACGGACAGAAGAAAGGGAGGAGACAUCCAUCCUUAGCUACUAGCUACUCGGUGCAGGGAGGCUUUUAACAGUUAUUGGAUUUUAGUGUAAACUGUGAGAAUCCCUUUUUGGCCAAAUAUAACGACACACUUCCCCCCUGCCCCGACAUACUCGCACAUAGAUAUGAGCGGCAGCGGGCGGCCCAGGACCAGCUCGUUUGCUGAGCCACCGGGGGCUCCCGGAGCUGCCGCAGCAGCCGCCGGAUCAGCCGUGGCCGGCGGGAGCACCUCAGGAAAGUCCGGGGCUUCGCAGGCCGCAGGGGGGAGUUCAUCUGCCUUUGGGAACUUGCGGCUUAGCAGAGACAGCAGUAAGGUGACCACAGUAGUGGCAACCCCAGGCCAAGGCCCUGACCGACCACAGGAAGUGAGCUACACAGACAUCAAGGUGAUCGGCAACGGCUCGUUUGGCGUUGUGUACCAGGCACGCCUUGUUCAGUCUCAGGAGAUGGUGGCCAUCAAGAAGGUGCUGCAGGACAAGCGCUUUAAGAACCGUGAGCUGCAGAUCAUGCGGAAGCUGGAUCACUGUAACAUUGUCAGGCUACGCUACUUCUUCUACUCCAGUGGAGAGAAGAAGGACGAAGUGUAUCUGAACCUGGUUCUGGACUUUGUGCCGGAGACAGUCUAUCGUGUGGCCCGGCACUUCAACAAGGCCAAGACCACCAUCCCCAUCAUCUACGUCAAGGUAUAUAUGUACCAGUUGUUCCGCAGUCUAGCGUACAUUCACUCCCAGGGCGUGUGCCACCGCGACAUCAAACCCCAGAACCUCCUCGUGGACCCUGACACCGCCGUGCUCAAACUCUGUGACUUCGGCAGUGCCAAGCAGCUGGUGCGUGGUGAGCCCAAUGUGUCGUACAUCUGCUCUCGGUACUACCGAGCACCUGAGCUCAUCUUCGGUGCCACGGACUACACGGCCAACAUCGACGUCUGGUCUGCGGGCUGCGUGCUGGCGGAGCUUCUGCUCGGGCAGCCCAUCUUCCCAGGGGACAGCGGCGUCGACCAGCUGGUGGAGAUCAUCAAGGUGCUUGGGACCCCCACCAGAGAGCAGAUCCGAGAGAUGAACCCCAACUACACAGAGUUCAAGUUCCCCCAGAUCAAAGCCCACCCCUGGACCAAGGUGUUUAAACCACGCACACCUCCGGAAGCGAUCGCUCUGUGCAGCCGUCUGCUGGAGUACACGCCUGUGUCGCGUCUGUCGCCCCUGGAGGCCUGUAGCCACGCCUUCUUCAAUGAGCUCCGCCUUCCCAACACACGCCUGCCCAGCGGCCGAGACCUGCCACAGCUCUUCAACUUCAGCCCCGUGGAGCUGUCAAUCCAGCCCCAGCUAAACUCCACCCUCAUUCCUCCUCAUGCUCGUACACAGACUACACCUGAGGGCGGUGUGUCAGACAGCCAGCCCCAGUCCAGCUCGGUGUCCGGCCCCCUGAGUAACAGCACCUAAGGGGCCCUCAGCACUGCGGCGGAGUCCCCCAACACCUCACUGCCCCCUGUUGCAAACCCCUGUCCACACACACACACAUAAACACACACAUCUGUGCACUCAUGUAGAUCUGGUAAAUGCUCCUAGGUUUCUUCAUCGUCUUCAUCAUUGCCAAACCCCUGGCUACACACACACACACACACACACACACACACACACAACCAUGUUUGCGCAGAGGGUUGAAUCCUGUGUGCACUCAUGCAUAACUGAUAUCACCAUCAUUAUCAUGGCUAUACUAACCUCUGCCCCCGACCAGAUGUGAAGAAGAUGAUCAGAGCUGUCAGGAAGGUGUGUGAGUGGAGAGAGCCGUGUGUGUGUGUGUGUGUCCAAAUUUGGAAGCUGUUCUGAGCAGCACUACGCUGCUGUAGUCCCCCCCCCUGCUGGUCAGGCGCUGUCAUGGGAACAGGCCGGCAGGAUGAGGGCCUGAGAGACUCAAGCGGUCGCCCCCCCAUGGACAGACAUCAUGUUUUUACUGGCCAUUUUAGAGAGGCGCUAGAUGGACUAAGUCGCUUUUUAACAGACAAGUAUGUUUUAGAAUCUGGGAUUGACGCACACUCACACACAUUCACUCCAGCAUGAGGAGAGGUUUUAAGCAGAGGUCUUCAGACCUGUCAAUCUGAGAUUUUAAUACAUCUGGUUAAUCUUAGGAAAGAAUGCCUGAGAACACACACACAUGCACAGACACACAGGGGAAAGUUUGGAUGACAUCAGAUGCAUCUCUGGCUUUUUACUCCGAGCUCCUAGCACACACAUGCACACACCUUCUCCCACACACACACACGGUCACACAGUUGGUUUAUUUUACACCGUUUUUCAGUUUAACCUGACAUCAUUUUGGGGUGCUGGGUUUCUUUAAAGAGGAUGCACUUUAGUGUUGCACUGUCUGUCUGUCUCUCUGUGUGUGUGUGUGUGUGUGUGUGUGUGUGUGUGUGUUUGUUGGUUUUCCUCCGCUCAUCAUCUCACAAGAGACAGUCUCACACACACACUUACACGCGCACACACACACAUACGGUUCAACCCCCCCCCCCCCCACACACACACACACACA